AUGAUGAGCAGCAUGAUGGCAUCAGCUAGCAGGAUCAUGCAGGUAGUCAGGCCACAUAUUCUAUUAAUAAGAUUUCCUGACAGAAUAGACAAUCCUAAAACAAAUAUGUUAGAAGUUUUGAGCUCAGCAGGACUACCAUCUCACUCUUUUUCAACUUCACAGCAGUGUAAGGGAAGUAAAUUGCCAGAUUGGCUGAUGUAUCAGGGUCCUCCCAACACUGCAGAAAUAAUAAAUAUAUUACCUCAGAGACACAGAAAGAAACUUGUGUCUCAAGAAGAAAUCCAAUUUAUCCAAUGUGGAGGUUUGACAAUGUGGCUGCUGUUUAUUAUCAGACAAAAGAACAAUCUUUACCAUAAAGGACCUCCAAAAUGA